AUGUUUUCCUUCACCGAAAAGCGACAGAGUUUUUGCGGGAUUUGCAAGCCUGCUGAGUUGUCAUCAGCUGAAAGUCAUAAUACGACUUGUAUUGAUGUCGGUGAUUGCCCAUCAACUGCAAUAGGCACAGAUUGUAAGGAAAAAUGCGGUUGUGAUAAAAAUAUCCCAACUAGUUUUAAUGAAACGACUCAGAAAUGUACAAUAAACGUACAAUUGUUAAUCCUUUCAUUAAAGGAGAAAUAUAAUACGGAAGCUGCUGAAUUGUCACCGGCUGAAAGUAAAAAUACCACUUGUAAUGAUGUCGGUGACUGCCCAUCAAUAGGCACAGAUUGUAAAGAAAAAUGCGGUUGUGAUAAAAAUAUCCCAACUAGUUUUAAUAAAACUACUCAGGAAUGUACAAUAAACGUACGAUUGUUAUCCCUGUCAUUAAAGGAGAAAUAUAAUACGGAAGCUAAAAUUCGAGCGGAGGCUGACAGAAUCUUCAAAGGCGUUAUAGUUGCCGCCUUUCUCUUCAUUGCGUGUGCCACCGUCUGCACUUUGACUGCGUGCAUUUAUUGUUGCAGGAUUAAUUACACAGAUUAUCAACUGAAGAAAAGUAUCAAAGUGCUGGCGAAGAAGAUGGGAAAAAAAUCUCAAAUUAAAAAACCCUCGAAGGUCCCCACAGAACAAGUGGCAGAAAGUUGCAAUGUUGUUGUAGAAGACGCCGGUAUAUUUUGUGUUUAAAAUGAAUGGUUUUUGGCUUUUCCUAUUAUUAGAUUGGAAUUACUUUUCGAUUGUUCAAAUAUAAAAAUAAACUUAUCGUGUUAAAAAGGUUUUAAACAAA